AUGGAGUUUUUCAAGAGCACAGUUUUAUCUUCUGCUAAAAGACCAGAGCUAGUACCUGGCGAAUCGCUGCUCAUUCAACAAGGAAAUAUUGGACUCUAUGACGGAAAGCAUAAAGUAGACCAGUAUCAAGACGGUGUGUGCUAUCUGACUUCCCAUCGCAUCAUCUACGUUGACAAUAAAAAUCCAUUGGAAUCCUCGGUCGAACUUGGACUACAUCUCGUAAAAGACAUUGAGAGCUACGGCGGGUUCUUGAGAUCGUCGCCAAAGAUCAUUAUCAACAUUGAUUCAGUGGCAUUAACAACCGAAACAAUAGAGCCGUCAUCGAGAAAAGGAUCCUCGCAUAGUUUGAAUACAGGCAACUCAAAUGGCAGCGUAUGGGCUUGCCCUAUCUGCUUCUUCUCAAACAAAGCUUCGUCGGAAAUGUGCGAAUUAUGCGGUGUUCGUAAGCAAGCAGAUGCAGCAUCUCCCAGCAUAAAUACAAACACUGUUACCGACAGCAGCGCAUGCCCUGUUUGCACAUUCAUCAACCAUCCCAGUUUAAAUCAAUGUGAGAUGUGUGGUGCCGAUUUACCGCGAGAAACCGUACCAACUGCCACAACAAGCUCAAGCUCUGCUAGUUCUACAAAUAACAAUUCAUUGUCAUCAUCAUCAAAGCAAAUCCGGCUCUCAUUUAGAAAAGGAGGACAAUCAGGUUUUAUGAGUAAUUUAAAGGGAGCACUGCGCGUAAAGCAAUGGGAAAAGAUAUCCACUCCAACCACAGAACCGACAGCCCCAACCGUGCGAGGCGUUGGCAUCAGCGCAAUUGAAGAUCGCAUUCACAAGACAACACUGGAAGCAAAUGAGACCAUGACAGACGCAUUUCAAGAUUUAGAUAGAUUGAUGAUGAAGGCCACGGAGAUGGUGAAGCUAGCUGAAGCCAUUUCCAACAAAGUGAGCAAAGAUCCUGCCAAUGAAGAUAAUGAGAUGUCCACCCUGCGUACUCACUUGCUCAAUCUCGGUAUUGCUUCUCCUGUUACAAAAGGAUCAGCUGGCUCUAUAUACCAUCAAGAAUUAUCUCGAGAGUUGGCUGAUUUCCUGGCGAAAUUUUUCCAGAAAGAAGACGACAUGGAGUCCCUGACAGAUGUGUACUGUCUGUUUAAUCGAGCAAGAGGCACAGCACUAAUUUCCCCUGAGGAUCUGUAUAAAGCAAGCCAGCAGUUUGAGCAACUCAAGCUGCCAUUUCGUUUGAGAAAAUUUCCCAGUGGCUUACUCGUGAUUCAGUCCAUAGAUAUGAAUGAUAACAGAGCCGCUUCUCGAGUGCUAAGACACGUCAAGAAACAAGGAGGUGGUUUAACAGCGUUGCAACUGGCAGAAAUUGAGAAAUUAGCAUUGGCCGUAGCCGUGGAGCAAUUAGAUGUCACCGAGAGAAUGGGCCUUAUUUGUCGCGAUGAAGGUCCUACUGGAUUAACAUUUUAUGAAAACUUGUUUCUCGUUUCCACUACCUCAUGA